AUUAUUUUUGUUAUUUACUUAAUUUUUUUGUUCACAGUUUUCAUCUGAUUUAUGCUAACCAUGUUGUUGUUUAAGGCUUUAUUUGAACAAGGUUAUCAGCUGCAUUUUUGUGAAUGCUUGUGGAGAUUUUAGCCUUUGAUGCAAUAGCACUGCACACCCCAAAUGGACUGAUCCAAUUCUUCUUUAGGCAGUAUGUGAGUUUUGUUAGUGGUCACCAUGCCGGACAUGUGGGGUUUCCUCCUGGUAUUCUUGUACCAUACCAGACAUGUGGGGUUUCCUCCUGGUAUUCUUGUACCAUACCAGACAGGUGGGGUUUCCUCCUGGUAUUCUUGUACCAUACCGGACAGGUGGGGUUUCCUCCUGGUAUUCUUGUACCAUACCAGACAGUUGGGGGUUCCUCCUGGUAUUCUUGUACCAUACCAAACAGGUGGGGUUUCUUCCUGGUAUUCUUGUAUCAUACCUGACAGGUGGGGUUUCCUCAUGGUAUUCUUGUACCAUACCAGACAGGUGGGUUUUCCUCUUGGUAUUCUUGUACCAUACCAGACAGGUGGGGUUUCCUCCUGGUAUUCUUGUACCAUACCAGACAGGUGGGAUUUCCUCCUGGUAUUCUUGUACCAUACCAAACAGAUGGGGUUUCCUCCUGGUAUUCUUGUACCAUACCCGAGAGGUGGGGUUUCCUCAUGGUAUUCUUGUACCAUACCGGACAGGUGGGGUUUCCUCAUGCUAUACUUGUACCAUACCGGACAGGUGGGGUUUCCUCUUGGUAUUCUUGUACCAUACCAGACAGGUGGGGUUUGCUCAUGGUAUUCUUGUACCAUACCGGACAGGUGGGGUUUCCUUUUGGUAUUCUUGUACCAUACCAGACAGGUGGGGUUUCCUCCUGGUUUUCUUGUACCAUACGGGACAGGUGGGGUUUCUUCCUGGUAUUCAUGUACCAUACCAGACAGGUGGGGUUUCCUCCUGGUAUUCUUGUACCAUACCGGACAGGUGGGGUUUCCUCCUGGUAUUCUUGUAUCAUACCGGACAGGUGGGGUUUCCUCCUGGUAUUCUUGUACCAUACUGGAAAGGUGGGGUUUUAUCCUGGUAUUCUUGUACCAUACCUCACAGGUGGAGUUUCGUCCUGGUAUUCUUGUACCAUACCAGACAGGUGAGGUUUCCCUCUGGUAUUCUUGUACCAUACCAGACAGGUGGGGUUUUACUAUACUAAGUUUAACUUUAGCCAUGUGAGGAAAACUGCCCUGCCCAUUAAGGGCCAUGUAGACCGGAAGCAGUUUCGAAAUUGGCGCAGAUAUCGUUAGAAGAUAAGAACAAAAAAUGAUUGUUCUGACCAUGUUCCAUGAAGAUUUGACUAAAAAUGUGACUUUGAGUGUUAAAAAGGUUUUACCAUAGCCAAAUAAGGAAACAUUUCCCGCCUCUAGAUGGCUAUGUUCAUCAAAGAGCCGGAACCAUUUUCAUAAUCAGCUAAAUAUCAUCAAAAAACAAAUCUUUGACCAAGUUUUGUGAAGAUUGGACUAUAAAUGUCACUUCUAGAAUGUUAACAAGCUCUUUCUGUAAUUUGAUCUAGCUACCUAGUUUUUUACCUCACAUGACCCAUUUUUAACUUGACCAAGAUAUCAUUGAAACCAAUUUCUGACCAAGAUUUAUGAAGAUUGGACAAAAAGUCAAUAAAUGUAACCUUUAGAAAGUUAACAAGGUAAAUGUGGACGAGGCGCGACAGACGACGAUCGACUGACAAAAGGUGAUCACAAAAGGUGAUCACAAAAGCUGAGCAUGUUGUGCUCAGGUGAGAGGAAAACUGACAAUGGAAUGAUGCUAUUAUUUGGCAAGUCACAAUGGCAUGUAUAACAUAUACAUGUUCCCAGAGUUCUACAUUAUGUUUAUUUAUUUUUCGAGUAAACCAGUUGUAGGGUUGGUGAUUUUAUUUGUAAAGGUAUACAUGUGUAUAAUAAUUGGAAUAUUUCAUGGAUGUGGUUUUCCAGUGGGUUGUUUGGAAGAGAGCUCAUGAUGUACAAUGUCACCCAAUCAACUCGUGGGAUAAAGCCCAGUGGAACACCACACUUACGUAAUUUCUUGUAUAUGUCUUCCAAUAAGUAUUUAUUCAAUCGUUGCUUAACCCUUUCCUGAUAGACUCUUACUGUAAAUAAAUAAAUAUAGGUCUAA